AGGUCCGCCUGGGCCAGACGCACGAGCUCCGGCUGUGGGUGCGUGGUCGCCGGCCCGGCCUUCGCAUACCCCGCCGAGCGCCAACCUUCCCGGCUGCUGCCGCCGCCGCACCUCGCCGCCAUGCGCCUUCGCCGCUUAGCCCUGUUCCCCGGCUUGGCGCUGCUUCUUGCCGCGGCCCGCCUCGCCGUUGCCUCCGACGUGCUGGAACUCACGGACGACAACUUCGAGAGUCGCGUCUCCGACACGGGCUCCGCGGGCCUUAUGCUGGUUGAGUUCUUCGCCCCCUGGUGUGGACACUGCAAGAGGCUUGCCCCUGAGUAUGAAGCUGCAGCUACCAGAUUAAAAGGAAUAGUCCCAUUAGCAAAGGUUGAUUGUACGGCCAACACAAACACCUGUAAUAAGUAUGGUGUCAGUGGCUAUCCAACCCUGAAGAUAUUUAGAGAUGGUGAAGAAGCAGGUGCUUACGAUGGGCCUAGGACUGCCGAUGGAAUUGUCAGCCACCUGAAGAAGCAAGCAGGACCAGCUUCAGUUCCUCUCAAGACUGAGGAAGAAUUUGAGAAGUUCAUUAGUGACAAAGAUGCUUCUGUGGUGGGUUUUUUCAAGGAUUUAUUCAGUGAAGCUCACUCUGAGUUUCUAAAAGCAGCCAGCAACUUGAGAGAUAACUACCGAUUUGCACACACCAAUAUUGAGUCUCUGGUGAACAAGUAUGAUGAUAAUGGAGAUUUUGGUAUUUGCCCUCACAUGACAGAAGACAAUAAAGAUUUGAUACAGGGCAAAGAUUUACUUAUGGCCUACUAUGACGUGGACUACGAAAAGAAUGCUAAAGGUUCCAACUACUGGAGAAACAGAGUGAUGAUGGUGGCAAAGAAAUUUCUGGAUGCUGGGAAAAAACUCAACUUUGCUGUUGCUAGCCGCAAAACCUUUAGUCAUGAACUUUCUGAUUUUGGCUUGGAAAGCACUACUGGAGAGGUUCCUGUUGUUGCUAUUAGAACUGCAAAAGGAGAGAAGUUUGUCAUGCAGGAGGAGUUCUCGCGUGAUGGCAAGGCUCUUGAGAGAUUCCUGCAGGAUUACUUUGAUGGCAACCUGAAGAGAUAUCUGAAGUCUGAGCCCAUUCCAGAGAGUAAUGAUGGGCCUGUCAAGGUAGUGGUAGCAGAGAAUUUUGAUGAAAUAGUGAAUAAUGAAAAUAAAGAUGUGCUAAUUGAAUUUUAUGCACCUUGGUGUGGUCAUUGUAAGAAUCUGGAGCCUAAGUAUAAAGAACUGGGAGAAAAGCUCAACAAAGAUCCAAAUAUCAUCAUAGCCAAGAUGGAUGCCACUGCCAAUGAUGUGCCUUCUCCAUAUGAAGUCAGAGGUUUUCCUACCAUCUACUUCUCUCCAGCCAACAAGAAGCAAAAUCCAAAGAAAUAUGAAGGUGGCCGUGAACUAAGUGAUUUUAUUAGCUAUCUACAGCGAGAGGCUACAAACCCCCCUAUAAUUCAAGAAGAAAAGCCUAAGAAGAAGAAGAAGGCACAGGAGGAUCUCUAAAGCAGCAGCCAAACAUACCCCUUUGUGAAAGGACUCUACCGCCAUGAUGGGAAAACCAUUGGGGAGGACUGGGACCCAUAUGGGGUUAUUACCUCUCAGCCCUGAAAGAACAGAUUGGAUAUAAUCUGAAUCCUGUUAAAUUUUCUCUAAACUGUUUCUUAGCUGCACUGUUUAUGGAAAAACCAGGACCAGUUUAUGUUUGUGGUUUUGGGAAAAUAAAUAAAUAUUUGUGUUGGGGGGGGCGGGGAAUGUGU